AUGUCGUUUUUAUACCAAGCAUUACCACAAAUCAACCUGUUCUCUGACAGAUUAAGCAUAGAUAGAAUCAGAGGGGACCUCGGGUCUAUCCAAAGCUCAGUUGCUAAGAUCAGACCUCCUCAAGAAUUCUUUGACUUCAGAAGAGUUUCCAAACCAGCCAACUUCGGAGAAAUCCAGAACAGAGUUGGUUACAACUUGGGAUACUUCUCUGCUAACUACAUUGCCAUUAUUGCCAUUUUGAGUGUCUAUGCCUUAAUCACCAAUCUCUUGUUGUUGUUUGUCACCAUUUUCUUGAUUGGUGGUGUUUACGGUAUCAGUAAACUCGGAGGCGAAGACUUGAACCUUCCAUUUGGUAAGUUCACCACCUCCCAAUUGUACACCGGUUUAAUGAUCGUGUGUGUUCCCUUGGGAUUUUUGGCUAGUCCUAUCUCCACAAUGAUGUGGCUUAUUGGAUCCAGUGGUGUUGCUGUGUUUUCCCACGCAUCAUUAAUGGAGAAGCCUAUCGAAACCGUCUUUGAAGAGGAAGUUUAA